GCAGAUAGCGGAUCUCGACACAAACACGAUAAACCACAAUGUACUGCAGCAGUAGUGUAUGCUGUUUGAGGAAGUGUAAGCUUUGUUAGUCAAUUACACAUUGUUUCUGUGAGAUAGUCACCCUUCAGUUCUGCAUUGCCACCGCACUGAAUAAAUUCGCAUAAAACUUUUAUACUUGAUUAAGUGACUGGUGGAUCAUAUCAGGAUUGAAGAAUGAGAUUCAGUGCUGCAGUUGUGUUACUGUGUGCUGGAUAUUUUCUCCUGUCAGCAGCCGUCAGCGCUCAUCCUCGGAGGGAAUGGACCAAACUGAUCUUGACUCAACACUGGCCAAAGACAUUCUGCGGUAUGCAUCAAUGCCAAACAAAUAUCAGCUUUUGGACCCUGCAUGGCUUAUGGCCCAAUGCUGGAAGCAUGUGCAACUCAUCCUGGCAUUUUAAUGCCACUUUGAUCGAGGACAUAAUGCCAGAAAUGCAGAAAUAUUGGCCAGAUCUUCUGGCUCCUUUUUCCCCAGAAUUUUGGCAGUAUGAAUGGAAGAAACAUGGAACAUGUGCAGCUAAAGCAGAGUCACUGAAUAGUCAGCAUAAAUACUUCAGCAAAGCUCUUGAGCUUUACCACAAGUUUGACCUCAACAGUGUUUUAACGAACAAGCAAAUUGUGCCGUCUGAAGAGCACUACAAACUUGAUGAUAUAGAAAGUGCCCUUACUAGUUUCUAUGGAGUAAAGCCGAAGAUUCAGUGUGUCCACCCAGGAAAGGGAGGCCAGUUUCAGACGUUGGGUCAAAUUGAGAUCUGCGUGGACAAAGAUUUCCAGCUAAUGGAUUGUGAAAGGUCAGGUGAAGAAAUACUGAGCAAUGAGAUCCCCCCACUGGGUGUUAAAGGCCAUCCAGACCUCAGUGUGUGUGAUCACUCCAUGCCAAUCUUUUAUCCUCCGGUAGUGAGCAGAUCACAGAGGUGGUAAACUUGAGCCCUUGAGUGUCAUUGAGCUGUAGUGCAAUCUGUGACAUCACUGAGCAAGAGACGGUUACAGUUCAUCCUCAAUUUAUGUGACCAGUUUAGCUCUUAAAACACUGUGUACACACACCUCAAAGGAAAUGUUUUAAUUGCACAUUUUGGGGCAUUUUUUAAGUAUAUUUUUAAGUAAUUUUCUUUUACAUUCUCUUAUUUUAAUGAUUAUAUGCUGGGAAAAUAUGCCAACCAUCUAAGGGUAAAGUUCUGUAUUUUUGUAAUAGGGUUCUUUAAUGUUCUUUUUGUUAUAUAUAUGUUUAUUUGUCUUAAUAAGGCAAACAAUUAUAAUGUAAUGCAAAGCUAUCAAGGUUACAUUUCACCACGAAACCCACAGGGUCAUGUUCUUUCUUAAAUCUUCAAAGAGAAUAGUGGUCUUAAAAAUAGGCCUUUUUUCAUUAAGACACAAUUUUUAUUUGCUUUUGGUUGAGAUCUGUUCCAGACAUGGUGAGUUUCCACCAUUUAAUUCUAAUCCUCAAUGAUUGAAAUGUUUGUUGAAAUGUGCCCCAGCAAUAUUUGAUCUGAAAAAUAAAUAUUACGCUUUGCUUUACAAGA